ACCAUGUGGUGGCGGUAGAGCGCCUACAUUCAUAUAUGGGACGAAGAAGACGCUCUUCCUGCGGCGCCAAACACACGGAGCUUCAGAACGUCUCCAGCAGCUCAGUCAUGGAUCUCGGCCCCUUUGAAACAGACAACUCUGUCAGCUGCCGGCUGGCUUCUCAGAUCCCUGAUGUCUGCAAGACGGAGGACUGUUGUCUGGGCAUUGAUGAGGCAGGCAGGGGGCCUGUGCUGGGCCCCAUGGUGUAUGGAAUAUGUUUCUGUCCAGUUUCCAAAAAGAAGGAGCUGAAGGACUCGAAAGUGGCAGAUUCAAAGACCCUCUCAGAGGCAGAAAGAGAAAACCUUUUCCAAAAACUGGAUGAAGCCAGAAGUUAUGUGGGCUGGGCGCUACAGAUUCUCUCCCCCAACACCAUCUCUACCAGCAUGUUACAGAGGACAAAAUACAACCUGAAUGCUCUUUCACAUGAUACAGCGAUUGGUCUAGUACAGUAUGCCUUGGACAGUGGAGUACAGCUCAAAGAGGUUUAUGUGGACACAGUUGGCCCAGCAGAUAAAUAUGAGGCAAAACUCUCCCAGCGGUUCCCGGGUAUCGAGGUGACUGUUAGGCCAAAAGCUGACUCCCUCUUCCCCAUUGUCAGUGCUGCAAGUAUCUGUGCAAAGGUUGCCAGGGAUCGUGUUGUAAAAGGCUGGAACUUUGCAGAGGACAUGGGAGAGGUGGACACAGAUUAUGGCUCAGGAUACCCAAAUGACCCCAAGACUAAAGCGUGGCUGCUGAAGCACCUGGACCCAGUGUUUGGUUACCCUCAGUUUGUUCGAUUUAGCUGGAGCACGGCCCAAACCCUGAUGGACAGCAAAGCAGUGACUGUCCACUGGGAUGAUGAUGAGGAGGAUGGGGAGAAGGCAGCGCAGCGACAACACAACAAGUCCAUGUUAUCCUACUUUAGUGCUUCAGCUGGAGGUAACGACCAAAACCCAACCCACCAGACACACCGCUUCCUCACUGAGCGCAGACUGAAAAGCCUCUGCACACUCUGAAGACAUUAGCGGACAUCCCUGUACACACUGGGAAUCAUAAGUUCAUUUUGGGAUCUUCAUAUACAAUGAAACAGUUGUUUGCAGAUGUGCAUGGACUGGGAUAAAACUUUGCUGGCAUCUGUUUGUAUCACAAAUGCAAACUUGAAUCACAAUCCAUCUUUAUUUGUUCUGUUUGUAUGUUUUUUUUAAUACAUAAAACCAUUUAAAAGUCA